CAAUGCACGGAGCAAGCCCCUCUGUCUGUAGGAACCUGACAGAUACGUGCACCGGGAGAUGAUACGGCAGAAUUGCGUGCAAAUGUUACAACGAGGCACUAAGCCAGGCAGGAAAUUUGUGUAAAGCUGAAACAUAAGGCUUUGCUACCCAGCAGCUUGCCAGCCUGUGUGUGUGUGUGCGCGCGCGUGUGUGUGUGCGCUCGAAGUGCAUAUGGCGGAGUUUGGGAAUGACGGCAGCCUGCCUCCGUUGAAUCUUGGGGAUACGGCCGUGCCCAGCGACGAAGCAGCUGAUAAGACGCAUUGCGAAGUGUCGUUCUUGAAUGGAGACUGUGGGAUAUCACAAAAUAUGGUCGGUUCGGGAUCACACGUCGCACCUGGCAGCCAAGCCGGGGUGGAAGCCGCCAACACCUCUGUCGGAUUGGAUGCCAAAUCUGAAAUACCACGCAGGAGCAGCAUUAUCAAGGAUGGCUCAAGACAACGUAAAGAAAGAAAGAAGACUGUCUCAUUCAGCAGCAUGCCCACUGAGAAGAAAAUCAGCAGUGCAAGUGAUUGCAUCAGCGCAAUGGUGGAUGGCUCUGAGCUGAAGAAAGUGAGAUCCAAUUCACGCAUUUACCACCGCUACUUUCUCCUUGAUGCCGACAUGCAGUCUUUGAGAUGGGAGCCUUCAAAGAAGGAAUCAGAAAAGGCCAAAAUUGAUGUCAAAUCCAUCAAGGAGGUUCGGACAGGAAAAAAUACAGACACUUUUAGAACUAAUGGAACCUAUGAUCAGUUAUCAGAGGACUGUGCUUUCUCAAUCAUCUUUGGGGAGAACUAUGAGUCCCUGGACUUGGUGGCAAACACUGCAGAUGUAGCCAACAUAUGGGUGACAGGGCUGAGGUACCUGAUCUCCUAUGGGAAACAUACCUUGAAUAUGAUAGAGAGCAGUCAGAACAACAUGCGUGCAUCUUGGCUAGGUGAACUUUUUGAUGAGGCAGACGGUAACAACAGCAAACAAAUAACAAUAUGUGCUGCUGUGCAGCUAGUCAAAAAGUUGAACCCCGGACUUAAAAAUGUGAAAAUAGAACUCAAAUUCAAGGAGCUUCACAAAGCUAAGGACAAAGCAGGUUCUGAUGUGACAAAAGAAGAGUUCAUUGAGGUCUUUCACGACCUUUGCACCAGACCAGAAAUUUAUUUUCUCUUUGUUCAGUUCUCCAGUAACAAAGAAUUUCUGGAUACCAAGGACUUGAUGAUAUUUCUGGAGGCAGAGCAGGGUAUGGCACAAGUCAGUGAAGACACCAGCUUAGAGGUCAUUCAGAAAUAUGAACCGUCCAAAGAGGGCCAGCUGAAGAGUUGGCUUUCUCUUGAUGGGUUUAACAACUAUCUUAUGUCUCCAGAGUGCCAUAUAUUUGACCCUGAACAAAAAACAGUAUGCCAAGACAUGAAUCAGCCCUUGUCCCACUAUUACAUCAAUGCAUCCCACAACACAUAUCUGAUAGAAGAUCAGUUCAGAGGUCCCUCUGAUGUGACUGGGUAUAUCCGUGCCCUCAAGAUGGGCUGUCGCAGUGUAGAGCUGGAUGUGUGGGAUGGACCUGAUAACGAACCUGUUAUUUACACUGGCCACACGAUGACGUCACAGAUUGUUUUUCGCAGCGUCAUUGAUGUCAUCAACAAGUAUGCCUUUGUUGCAUCCGAUUUUCCACUGAUGCUGUGUUUAGAAAACCAUUGUUCCUUAAAGCAACAAAGAGUCAUGUUUCAACACCUAAAGAAGAUCCUUGGAGAUAAGAUUCACCUAGAUCAUCCAAAACCUGAGGACUGCUAUCUCCCCUCUCCCUCUGAACUGAAGGGAAAGAUCCUGCUGAAGGGUAAGAAACUGAGCACGAACUGCACUGCUUCAGAAGGUGAGGUGACAGAUGAGGACGAGGGGGCAGAGAUGUCUCAAAGGAUUGAGUCUGCGGAACAACAGACUACUGCACCCAAGAAAUUCCAGCUGUCGAAGGACCUCUCAGAUCUGGUGACCAUGUGUAAGUCUGUUGAGUUCAAAGACUUCCCAACAUCUUUCCAUAGCCAGAAGCACUGGGAGCUCUGCUCUUUCAAUGAGGUCUUUGCAAGUCGCUGUGCCAGUGACUUCCCAGGUGACUUUGUUAACUAUAACAAGAAGUUCCUAGCGCGAGUUUACCCUAGCCCCAUGCGGAUUGACUCGAGCAACAUGAAUCCACAAGAUUUCUGGAAGUGUGGUUGCCAGAUUGUGGCAAUGAACUACCAGACACCUGGCCUGAUGAUGGAUUUAAACAUCGGUUGGUUCCGUCAGAAUGGGAACUGCGGCUAUGUGCUGCGUCCAGCGAUCAUGAGGGAGCAGGUUUCAUAUUUUAGUGCAAACACUAAAGAUUCAGUGCCUGGUGUGUCUCCACAGCUCUUACACAUCAAGAUCAUUAGUGGACAAAACUUCCCAAAACCCAAAGGCUCAGGGGCCAAAGGAGACGUAGUAGACCCCUAUGUGUAUGUGGAAAUACACGGCAUUCCUGCUGACUGCGCUGAACAAAGGACUAAAACAGUCAGCCAGAAUGGGGACAACCCUCUCUUUGAUGAGAGCUUUGAGUUUCAGAUAAAUCUCCCCGAGCUUGCAAUGGUGCGUUUUGUGGUGCUAGAUGACGACUAUAUUGGUGAUGAAUUUAUCGGCCAAUAUACAAUCCCCUUUGAGUGUCUCCAGCCAGGAUUUCGCCAUGUACCACUGCAGUCUCUGACAGGAGAGGUUCUUCCACAUACCUUAUUGUUCGUUCAUGUGGCUAUAACCAAUCGAAGAGGGGGCGGCAAACCACACAAAAGGGGACUGUCUGUGCGAAAGGGCAAGAGGAGUAGAGAGUAUGCCAGCAUGAGAGUGCUAUUGAUCAAGGCUUUGGAUGAUGUGUUCAAAACAGCCAUACUGCCACUGAGGGAGGCAACAGACCUCAGAGAAAACAUGCAGAAUGCCAUUGUUUCCUUCAAAGAGCUGUGCGGCCUUUCAGCAGUGGCUAACCUGAAGCAGUGCAUCUUGGCCCUUUCCCCUCGACUGACUGGACCUGACAACAGCCCCCUUCUGAUGUUCAACCUCAAUGACCAGUACCCUAAUUUGGAGCCCCAAGGCCUGCUAUCAGAGGUCAUCAAGAAAGUCGUCACCACCUAUGAUAUGGUGAUCCAGACCAGCAAGACUCUGCUGGAGAACUUUGAGGGGAUGUAUGAGAAAAUUCUACAAACCCAAAAAGCAGCGAUGGAAUUUCAUGUGAAUCUCCAUGACUUGGCCGUGAAGGAAGGGUUGAAGGGCAGGAAGCUGCACAAGGCGGUGGAGAGCUUCACAUGGAACAUCACAAUACUGAAGGGUCAGGCAGACCUACUGAAGCACGCCAGGAGUGAAGUCCAGGAAAACCUCAAGCAGAUCCACUAUGCUGCGCUCACCUGUAACCUGAGUAAAGGCAGACCAGUGGGUAGCUCCUCCGGCUCAGAGACGAGGAACAGACGCAGCCUCGAGGCCAUUCCUGAGAAGGCCAUUCCUGAGAAGGCCACUGGGGAAGAGGGGCUCACUGAUGAAGACAAUUAAAGACCCCCCAAUCCUGCCCUGGUGCUCUCCUGGCACCCCACAUUCAGACCUCUACUCUGUUCCUGCCUCCUGAGCUCAAAACCCAAAGCUCUCUCUCUUUCCAUCCUUAAGCACUCUUUACCCUGGCAUCAUCGCUCUACAUACACACCAGUGUUUUUCCACAUUCCAUCAUGUACAUUCCUGUAUCCCAAGCACAGCUGUAAUUUCUAACUUCUGCCUCGUAAUUGCCAAUACAUUGCCAAAACUACUCCAAGACACAAAUCCUACCCAAAUUAAGAUCACACAAAGUUUAGAGAAGUGUGGAAAAUUACUGUCAUUUAUUCUAAGUCUUAAAAUGUUUAGGAGCUGCACUGAAAGCUGGAAAAGCAUGACAUAUUUUAAACAUUUGCUACACAUCUGAAGCUACCUAGCUGUUUUGUGCACAAAUUAUAUAAAUACCAAAUCUUAACAUCCAGCAAAAAUAUAACUUUGGGGGAUUAUCAGUGCCAGACAUAAAUCCUAAUUUUCCCUAGCAUAAAAGUCAAACCUCUUAAUCUACAGUCCUAAUGCAUUACUUUGUCACCUUGACUCUUAUUUCCUUGAAGAGCCGAGUGAACUACCAGCCAAGUGACCAUUUAAGACAUUGACCUACUGUUCAGAAACAUUGUACUUCUACUCAGCAGACCAGGAUGUUGCCUGAAAAGAAAGAGUCCUUGGAUUGUUGUGACAGAUUUCUUAAAAGCACAAUUUUUUUGGAGUUUUGGAUGUAACGGGACAGAAGGAGCGAAAAAGGGGAAGGAACAAAAGUGUCAUGAGAGUAAAGAGCUGUUUACAAUACUGAAAUUGUUCAUCAUCUUGUCUGCCAAAAUAGUAUAAUAUACUAUGUGUAUAUAUGGA